AUGUCCGGCGGAACUAAUAGUAAGUCGGCAAGUCAAUUAAUGAUUGAUGCCAAUAAAAAAGCUAAAUCAGCAAAUGGAUUCUUUCAACGAAUGCUUGGUGCUGGUAAUACUGCAAGUGAAGAUGCUCGUGCACUCUAUGUUCAAGCUGGAAAUGCUGGAAAAGCUGAAAGCAACUAUCCAAUAUCUGUUGAAGCUUAUAAACGAGCAUUAGAUUUAAGUGUAGAAGAAUUUGAAAAAGCUCAAAUGUAUGAAGCUAUUGCAUCAUCAUAUAAAAUGUUUGAUCUACCACAAGCUGUGCCAGCAUUAACAAGUGCUGCUGAAUUACAUAUGUCUCAGGGUAAAUGGACUAUGGCAUCACAAACAUUAGAAAAAGUUGCGGAACUAUAUGAACAACUGAAUGAUCUUGAUAAUAUGAUGAAAUGCUUAAAAGAAGCUCAUCGAUUUUUAAAACAAGAAGGGCAAAAAGCAGCUGCAAAUCGAGUACAAAAGAAAAUGGCUGAAACAUUGGCACUGCAACAUGAAUUUAUGAAAGCGCAACAACAAUAUGAAGAAAUGGGAGAUAAAACAAAAGAUGAUGCCAUGCUCAAAUAUGGUGCAAAAGACUUUUGGUUGAGAGCUACAAUGUGUGCACUAUGUAUCGAUGUUGAAAAUGCCAAUACAGCACUUGCUCGUUAUGUAAAUGAUAAUCCAUUAUUUGAAGAACGAUCACUUGAAGUUAAACUACUUCGUCAAUUAAUUGCCGCCGUUGAGGAACAAAAUAAAGAAUCAUUUUUAAAACAUAUUGAUAGUUCACCAUUAUCAACAUUACGCUCUGAUCGUGUAUUCCGUUCAUUAACUGAAGAUAUUGCUAAAAAAAUUACUGGUGAUCCUGAUCUUAAAUAA